GCCCGCCCGCCCCCCAUGAGCGCGAAGGCCAUUUUCGGUGCCCUGGAGAUGCUCUUCUCGCGGCACCGGCGAUUCCUCAACCGGGUGGCCGACAAGGGCCUCCGCGCGCUCGGCCCCAUGUUGGUCACCUUCGCCAUCGGCCUGCUGGGGACGGUGACGAUCUUCUACUUUGUUUUUGUCGUCCGGCUGCGGUACUUCUUUGCCCUCGGGCCGGAUGGGACCCCCCUGGUGCCGGACUACUCGCGCGGGGGGAUGCCCCUGCCCGAGAUGACCCCCGGCCGGACGGUGGGUCUCCUGCUGGACCUGGCCGUGGCCGUGUGGAUCUGUGCCUGCAUGUGGUUCAACUUCUACAUGGCCAUCAUGGCCAAGAGCUAUGUCCCGAUGCACCGGCAGGAGGCCCUGGCCGACAUGCUGAUGAGCGACCUCUCGGCCCCCGCGCCGGAGGACCUCGGCCCCGCCGAGGGCAGCCUCGGGGACAACCCGGCCGAGCCCUUCCUCCAGGCCGGGCGCCGGGCUGGGCCCGGGUCGCGCGACCACUGCCGGCGCUGUGACCAGGCCCGGCCGCCGCGGUCGCACCACUGCAGCAUUUGUGACCGGUGCGUGCCGAGAGGCCUGCUCCCUUUUUGUCUGUGUCCCUCGGCCCUUCCGGCGGUCUGCCUCUCUGCCCCUCCGUCUCCCUGCCUCUCCGUCUGUCCGCGUCUCGGUGUGCCGCUGCCUGACCCGCCUGCCAUCUCCGUGCCUCGAUCAACAGCUGCGUUCACCGCAUGGACCACCACUGUCCCUGGAUUGCCACCUGUGUCGGAGCCAACAACCACCGGUACUUUGUCCUGUUCCUGGCCUACCUGACGCUGGCCUGCGCAUACUUCUCCUACAAGUGCCUUCCCUUCAUCCUGUCGCACUACUUCGACCGGCCGUACCACGGCUUCGACCCGGCCAUCUUCAGCUCCCCCUGGACGUCCUUCUUCCUGAACCUGUCCUUCUUCCUGGCGCUGAUCAUUUUCUUCCCGACGCUGGCCCUUCUCUUCUGGAAUUUGUACCUGGCCUCCAUGGGCAAGUCCCAGCUGGAGUACCACGGGAACUGGCGCAUUGGCAUGACGGAUCUGAUGGCCGUCGCCCCCAACAGCCCAGACACGGUGGACCCCUGCGAGGAGAAUCCCUUUGACGUGGGGUUCUUCAACAAUCUGCGCGUUUUCUUCCGUCUGACGAGCCGGCGGCGGUAUCUGGAGCUCCUCCUUCCGGUGCCGGUCCCCCCGCUGGAUUAUGGAGAGGGCUGGUCCUACCCAAAUCGGCGGAACUUCCAGCAAAAGCUGGACGAGGCGCAAUGAUGUGCACGCCUCUGUCCCCCAUCCACAAAGCUCCGUGUGGGGUAGAACAGGGGAAUACACACUGGGGCAAA